GUGACUUCAGGUCAGACGUAUUCUCAUAUUAACAAAAAGUAGCCAUUCCAAAGACUAAACGCCCCAAGUAACAAGAACAAACACCCAGGGACUAAAAUGUUCAAACUGUGACUUGUCCAGUUCACUCCCACGCAAGGAAGUGGGUUUAAUCAGUACUAUUCAACUGGUUUUAUAAGCUUUAUUUACAGGCAAAGUUUAGGAGUAAGCUUGUAAUAUGAGGGAAGAUUAUAAUGUUCCCACAAAAUAAACAUGAAAAGCCAAGCUAUAUUCAAGAUAUGAGUCGCCAACAAUUAAAACUAAUUUUAGCGGCGGCAAAAUGUCUCAGGAAGUGAGCUUGAUAAAAGGGAGAGCAUAUGACAGUUUUUUCUCAAGACAUCGUGCUAAAACACAUCCUAUAAUGGUACAAGAAGCCUGACAACGUUAAGAAUAAAUAAAGUGUUAGCCUUAUUUACCUUGGCAGACAAAAAAGAUGCGUUAAUAAAACAGGCGAACUUAUCUGAACAGUGAAUCUGUUCAACUAACAUUUGUAAUCAACCAACCAAACAGUGUCUCGUACAAAACCUUCAUCUUACAUGUAGCUUUUCAGCUGUCAACUUCGCGCGUGCGCGCGCAAUUACGACUGAUUAUGAUGUCGUUCGCGGUAUAUUCUUACGUAUUUCAUGCCCAUAGCCGUUUGGUGAACUCUAAUUGUUACUAAAUACUCAUAAAGCUGUAGGAAGCACAGCCUACCGAACAUGAAAUCCUCUGGCAAUUUGCUUAACGACGAUGACCAAAAUGAGAGUGCCUCUUCGGCAAAGAAUGACACGGAAGAAUCGAAACUUUCACCGAUAGAAAGAUUUCGCCGCCUCGCUCGUUCAGUGAAGUCACAAGGUUGGUGGACCAAAGCCCUGCAGACGAAAAUUGCGGACGAACAUAGUAAAGAAUUCCAUAUUCAUCAGAAAAGUGGCCAAACUGAUGUGGUUUUAUCUUUCAAUGUCAAUGGUGAACAAAUUUCCUUGUUUUAUUGUAUCUUAUAAGUUACGUUCUUAGGGGCGUUGUGCACGGCUUUUGUUGUUUCUUAUCGUGAUAGAGCUGUAACACCCGAGAAAACAGCGUAGUCAAGUAUUGUUACAUGCUGUAUUUCAACGUUCUUUCCAAUGUUAAUAGCACUCAAGUCAGCGAUGCAUUCAUCUGGUCAUGUCUCCAAGAAAGCCAAAUUUAUUCUUACGAAAAACCCUUGGCAAAGGAAAGAAGUCAAGUAGUUUUACAUGCUGUAUUUCAAUGUUCUUUCUAUUGUUAAUAGCAUUCAAGUCAGCGGUGCAUUCAUCUGGUCAUCUUUCCAAGAAAGCCAAAUUUAUUCUCAUGAAAAACCCAUGGCAAAGGAAAGAAGACGAAAUGAAGUUAAUCUACAGCGUGGUAGAUAAGCUGAAAUGCUUUAAUCGUUACACAUCACGUAUCAAACAAGAGCUUGCAAGAGUUGUAUACUUCCAGCAGUUUGGGGAUGGACGAGUUGUUGUCCAACAAGGUCACCCUGGAAGGUCCAUGUACUUCAUCGUAAGUGGAAAUGUGUUAAUUCAAGUGACAGAGACAGACAAACGCACAGGAUGCUCCAAGAAGCAGAUCGUAGGGGAGAUGUUCGCUGGAGACUCCUUUGGUGAGCUGGCGCUUCUUCAUGACAUCAAGAGGGCCGCAACCAUCAUCUGUAAGGGCACGGCAGAGUUCCUCACAGUAGACAAACCGGAUUUUAAUAUGGUUUUGAAGAAAGGUCAUCAACAGGAAUGGGAGACAAGGAUAUCCUUGUUGAGGUCACUGCCUUAUUUCAGCGACUACACAACCAAAGAAUUAGAACAACUGAAUACAACAGCUAAACUUGUAGAGUACCCGCAAAACACGGUGAUUCUUCGAGACGUAGGAAACCCAGGAGAGUUUGCUUACUUCAUAAGGUCUGGCCAGUGUCAGGUUAUACAAGAAAUGACUCUUGUGAGAAGGACGCCUACUGUGGGCAAAAGAAGACUCAUUUUACCCCCAGUGGAUACAGAUAACAGAAUAAAUCCUGUCUUUAAAGUAAAAACUUACGAUCGCGUCAAAAAGCAUUUCCUUGUUAUCUGCCGUCUGGGUGAAGGAGAUUACUUUGGCGUUGGAGAGAAUUUCUCGAAAAUGAGCAUCGUAUCAGUUAAUAAGGUAAGAACAUCUUGUCAGUUAUUGAUCAUUACCACUGAAAUUUGUUACUGAUUCGUCCCCAAGCAUCUGAGUGCGGACGGGGGAAUCCGUCUAAAAGCGCGACCGGGUCGAGUGAGGAAAUGUUAGCCGUAAGUUCAGAGCGGAAAAAACGUAAUAAACAUGUUUGUUUUUAUUUUUUGCAUGAGCAUAAGCAUAAGAAACAUACCACACAUAAUUAGAUCACAAAGGACGUUACUUAACACACCUUACUGCGCUUGCGCAUGUUGUUUGUAUUUAUUCUCUUAUAAAAAACAGUAUUCAAGAAUGAGUUCCACUGGCCCCAGUUGUUUACGUAAUAAAAACGUAAUAAACAUUUUUGUUUUUUGAUUUUGUGCAUGAGCAUAAGCAUAAGAAAUAUACCACGCAAUUAGAUCACAAAG